UUUUUCAUUAGAAUCAGUCACUCCUUUAAGUGCGUAGCAUACAAGUGUUGGUUAUUUUCAUAUAUUUUUUAUAUAUUUAGUUUUAUUUAAGUUUACAAUGUUGCGGCUGUAUUUAGCUUUUGCUUUGUGUUUUUCUUGCGGACUUGGAGCUGUUGAUUUCGACUUCAACACCACUCCCUGCUCAAUCAAGGACAAUGAGUGCAUCGUGGGUCUAUGGCAGAACGCCGUCAGGAGUCUAUCGGACGGAAGACCAGACCUGGACAUCCCAGCCCUGGACCCCCUGAAGUUGGACAACAUCUUCGUUGAUGUGCCCGGCUUGGUGUCUCUGCGCUUCGAUGGUAUUCUGAAGGGAUUCAAAGGAUGCAUCUUUGAUAAGGCACGCACAACCCUGAAGCGCGGCCACUUCAAGGAGGCUCUGGACCUGCACUGCGACAUCAGCAUCGCGGGCCGCUACCUGCUGCAGGCCAACUCGUCCGCGUUGUUCGGGAGGGACGGCAUCAUACAGGCCGAUGGGGAGGGGAAGGUCAAGUUGGAUAACUUAUACUUCAAGUUCCUGAUGGACUUCCUGAUCAUCCAAGAUGAGGAAGGCGUGCUCAAGUUCGUGCUCAAGGACGGACCAAUGGGCUACAAGUACAAGAUCAAAGGACCCGUCGUGUUCGAAGGAAACAACAUCACGCUUGGCGGACAGGACAUCAGUCCUCUAGUGAUCUCGUUCGUGAACCAGAACUGGCGUCUGGUCCUGGACUCGUUCGGGGGUCCGUUCUUUGCCCGCGCCAUGCAGGAGGUGGGGGACUUCGAGCGAGCCUUCUUCAGACACGUCUCCGCCACCUCCUACUUCAAGGAGAACCUCGACGACUACGCCGUUAAAUACUGAAU